UAUUUUGUUUUUUGUUUUUGGAUCGCUACACCAAGUAACUCAAGUACGCAUUAUAUUACCACAGGGAGCCCAACCAAUCUGCCACUCCCACCCCACCCCUUGCGUACUAUAUUACGCAUGCGCACUUAGGAGGCAAGGCUAACGCCGCCAUCAUAUCGAAAAGAACAACAACAUUCCAGCUGAAAUAUUGCGCCUGGAUCACAUAAUUACUUCAAAAUACCUUUAUAGCAUGUGAACUACAUUACUGGAGAGUACAACUGAGUUUUUUUUUGCAGUAUGAGUUUUAAAUCCCGAGCCGCAAGCUUGGGCGAACUUAAUGGCGGUCAGAGUGAAAGAUCCGAAGAAACUAUGGAAAGAUGUAAAAGUUCGCGAAGUUUAGCGAAGAAGAAAAGCUUUCGCUUUGGUUCGAAGAAUCGUGAAGAAGGGAGAAAACUCUCUCGAAAAGCAUCCAUGAAGUCUGUGUCUAAUAUGAUACAAAAAAUCGUGGUUAAAAUGAGUUCUGUUGCGGUUCAACUACCGGCGAACGAAACUUCAUCGAGUAAUGGCGAUUUGACAAGAGUCGAAAAUGCCUCUUACAAACAGCGAAAUAGCGACGAUAAUUUAACAACCAACAAACUUGACAGCGGCUAUGAUAGGACUCCAGAGGUGUUUUCUUUAACAGGACUAAAAAAUCACGGGAAUACGUGCUUUAUAAAUGCUAUUAUACAGUGUUUGGCACAUACGGAUUUAUUGGCCGAGUAUUUUGUCAUGGGGGGCUAUAAACAGGAUUUGAAACUACGUAAGGGGCAAAUCAAGAAAUUCGGCACUAAAGGGGAAGUGACGGAGAAGCUAGCGGUUUUACUCAAGAGCUUGUGGUACAGCGAGUAUUCAGGUGAAGUGAGUAGCGAGUUUAAAUCGGUGGUUGGAAAACAUGGAGCCCAAUAUCGGGGCUAUUCGCAACACGACGCGCAAGAAUUCUUGCUUUGGUUACUUGAUAUAGUUCACGAGGACCUAAAUCGAGCGACAAAACGAAAGUACAAAGCUAAUAAGGAUAACUUAGGUCGCUCUGAUGAAUGCAUAGCUACAGAGGCUCUGAACAAUCACCUUCGCUGUAAUGACAGUUUCGUACUAGAUCUAUUCCAAGCACAAUACCGAUCUGCACUUUCUUGUCCCAAAUGCAAGCAGAAGUCCACUACAUUUGAUCCCUUUCUGUGUCUGUCCCUCCCCAUACCUCAGAGAAGCCUCAGGCCAUUGCUUGUGACCAUUGUGUUUGUUGGCGCGUCUAGGGCGCCGCUAAGAAUAGGAGUGAGCGUUCCUAUAAGUGGGAGUAUAUCUGAUCUCUGCGCAGCAAUAUCCGAGAUGACCGAUAUCCCAUGCAGCUCUCUCAUUAUCACUGAACUCAGUUCUGAUGGCUUUAAUCGACGUUUCUAUGCCAACCAGCCGUUAAGCAUCAUUCAUGAUAGUGAUGCCAUAUAUGGAUUUGAAGCACCACAGAGAUUGUACCCAUCCCAACAGAAUGAUGGAUGCUCUGUGACCUCUCCCGGUAUGCCGGAAGGUCCUGACUCUAUAGUCAUUCUGUUGUUGAACAGCCAAGGUCAGGGAAGACAAAUUCGUAGGUUUGGUCAACCAUUUGUAGUCCAUGUGCUACAGGAGCUAAGCUUUUCUAAACUGCAAGCCUUGUUUCUCCAUGAGAUGGACAGGAUGCUUUUAGACAAUGCUGACUUUCAGAUUAAAAAGCACAGGCAGCUAUUUCGGUUGCGUGUGAUGAAUGGCUUGGCUGGGCGGAGUUACCUAUCAUCUGAACUAGACCACCCCCUGUACACUGCAACUGUCGAAAGUGCCCUGACAUACAACAAGGGCUCCACAGGUCCUGCACACAUCAGAAUGGUGUUGGAAUGGGAAUCAGAGCUGAGGAACAGGUUAGGCAUAACAAACAGCUGCAUCAAGCCAGAUGUCCAAGAUAGCCCAGAAGAGCACACCAGUGUGCAGAAUGUCCAGAAUCUGUUCAGCAACACCCACGCUGUCAACCUAGAUAACUGCUUUGAGCUCUACACCAAAGAUGAAACGCUGGGCCUGGACGAUGCAUGGCUGUGUCCGAGAUGCAAAAAGUUACAGCAAGGCACAGUCAAGAAGCUUAGCCUCUGGUCUCUACCCGAGGUUCUCAUCAUACACCUCAAGAGGUUCCGCCAGUGUCCAUCUGGUCGUACAAAGCUGCACACGCUAGUGGAAUUCCCUGUGAAUGACCUUGAUAUGUCACCCCACCUUGAGCCCCGACACAAGAUCAUACCCGACACCCACUCGGUACUCACCAACUGGCCCCACUGGCGACGUACCAGAAGAAGCUCGGGCGUGGCAGGGGAGGACAACCUGUACGACCUGUAUGCUGUUUGUAACCACCUCGGCAACAUGAGCGGGGGUCACUACACGGCACACUGCCGUAACCCUACGGAUGGGCAGUGGUACCUGUACGAUGACACUAGGGUAGAGCAGGUCCCGGUUAACCAAGUAACCACACAGGCAGCCUAUCUUCUAUUCUACGCUCGCCGUAACCUCGGCUGCUCCUCGGCAUCUGAGUCGUCGGGCUCGUUAGACCACUGGACGCGAAGAAUACCACCACGCGUGUCUCGCGAGUCACUCGUGACAAGCUCGCGCGAGGAGCUGAACGAUGAUUCAAACAAACCACAGCAAGCCGAAGCCAUUGACGCCCCGAAGGAGCCGAGCAUGGGACCCGAGGGAACAGUCGUCGCUGAGUCAUGUGUAUAGCCGAGUAUAGGGGGAUGCAGUAGCUAUUACCCUUCCAAGCUAGGGGUAGGGGUAGGCACAGUAAGCUGGCGUACCUCCCUCCCCCCACCCUCGCCGCGACAAGUACAUUCUUCUUAAUGAUAUACACCAAUUUCCAAAAACGUCAGUGCAAAUGACGAAUGGCACGUGGUUUCUUCUAGGUAUAAUUUAUAUCCAUAAGAAUAAGGUCAAGUAAACUUAUUGCACUAGUUAUUCAAAUUUUCUAUAUUCAAUAGAGACAUUACAAGUCUAUGGCAUUUUAAUGCCAUUUAUCAUUUGCACAGACAACGUAUUUUGAAAUAUGUAUAUAUAUACAGUAUGCAUAGAAUUGCAACCUCCCCUCUUUCUUGGCGGUAAAUCCCAGCUACAAGCCUGCUCCCCACCAAUCAGUCAACUGUUUAAAACAUAGGGAACCCUGUGUUUUGACACCAGUCCCUCCCAGCAUUAGAUCACUAAAGACCACAGGGUCCCUGAACAAGUAUUUUAUAACCAAUUAGAGCGCGCGUUAUUUUAUAACCAAUUAGAGCGCGCGUUAUUUUAUAACCAAUCGUGUAUAUAGACGAUUUGUCAUUUGUAAAACGAAAUAAAACCGAGUUCAACAACUCACGUCAAAAACUCAAUGCCAAAUUAAUUAUACAAAAGGAAUUAAACGCCGAGGAAUGUACUUUAGUACGUACAACAUUUAUUGUAUUAUUGAACAUUUGUACAUAUAAUGAAUAAAAUAAAUCGAAUUGAA